AAGAAACGUCACCGGAGUGACAGAGGUGAAUUAUUUUAACACAAAAGUAUUCUGCCUCAUGAGCAUAUAAGCUCGUUAUGCUUUGUCCGCUUAAUUUUUAGUAUUGUAUAUAUUGUUUAUAAUUAAUCUUAAAGGUGUUUGACCGUCAUAUCCGAUCAUGAGUGUCCCCUGUUUUGUAAGAAUGGUGGCCAGAAGUUUCGCCGGUGGAUCAAAACUGUUCAGACAAGCUGUUUUGUGUUCAUGUAAAGACACAGUCACACGAAAAAUGUCGUCCAGAAGACAGACUGACCAUCUAGAGAGAACUGCUAACGUUCAUAGAGACAUGGAACUUUUCCCUGCACGUGUUAGUGACAUUAUUAAAGAAUCUGAUACAGUAAAGCGACUGAGACUGGAGGUGCCACAUCCUGACUUCAGUUUCCGUGCUGGACAGUGGGUGGAUUUCUUCAUUCCAGGUGUGGAAACAGUCGGCGGCUUUUCCAUUUGCUCGAAUCCUGGCCUGCUGCAGAGAGAGGGAGUGAUUGAACUGGCCGUCAAAUACACACACCAUCCUCCAGCACACUGGAUUCACACAAAAUGCUCUGUGGACUCUCAAGUAGCUGUGAGAGUGGGAGGUAAUUUCUUCUUUGACCCUCAACCUUCUGAUCCUGUGGUCGACCUGCUGCUGAUAGCUGGUGGUGUGGGCAUCAACCCUCUGUACUCCAUCCUGCUGCAUGCAGCUGAUCUGCUCCGACACGCUGAUGGUCACAGGUACACACCAGGGCACACACACCUGUGCUACAGCGCCAAGAACACCAAAGAGCUGCUCUUCAAGAACACCAUUGUUGACAUUUGUCAUGAGCGACCAGAUAGCUUCUCCUGUGAUUUCCAUGUUACCCAGCAGAGCUCUGACAUAGAGCAGGAACUUCAGCCUUACACCAUAAGUGGAAGGAUAUCAGAAGAGGAGCUUCAGCGUUAUGUAGACUCUGAGCGCACGUUGUGUUAUCUUUGUGGCCCUCCUCCUAUGAUAGAGAAAGUGAGUUCUGACCUGCAGAGAAUCGGCCUACCGGAGAACAGAAUCCUUUUUGAGAAAUGGUGGUAGCUUUACAACUCCGCCCAAAACAGAGGCCACAGUGAUGGAUGCAUUUGCAUCGGUGUCAUUAUAGAAACAGUCUUUAAUGGCAAUGGACCUGUAAUAACUUUGAAAUCUGUUGAAACGCACAACAGACACUAUGUCUGCAUUCUCUGCAUUUGAACAAACAAUUUUCUAGACUCUAUUUUUGUUAUACCUCAUUUUAAAGAUGGACUCAACAAAUUGACCAUAACAAGCACUGUAAUGCUCUACAUUAUAGUUCAUUUGCUGGUUAACGUCAGGAGUCCUGCUUUGAGGGCAUGUUGAAAGAUUGCACACUCAGAUUUUUUUUUUUUUUUUUUUUAGAUCUGUGAAUAAUUAUAAAUGAUGUUUGCAUUUUAGAACACAUAUUUAUUCAUUACAAACAUUCUUCACAGGGGCGUAGAAAUGAUCUGAAAAGUGGUGGGACAAAACAUAUUUUUGCUAUAUUUAAUGUAGUCCUAAUUUGCUGAAAGGUGCUAAACCUGGUAGAAUUCCCCUCAAAGUCACCAUAAAAUCAAAAUGGACAAUUCUUAUUUUUUAUGGAAUAUUGUAGUAUUUACUAUAAAUUCAUCUGUGCACAUCAUUUUCAACCCACAUACCCUCAUAAUCUUUAAAGUGUUAGUUCACCCAAAAAUGAAAUUUCUGUUAUUAAUUACUCCACCCUCAUAUUGUUCCACACCUGUAAGACCCAUCUUUGGAACACAAAUUAAGAUAUUUUUGAUGAAAUCCGAGAGGUAUAUGAUUUGUCCAUAGACAGAAAUACAAUCACUACUUUCAAGGUCCAGAAAGGUACUAAAGACACUGUUAAAAUAGUCAAUGUGACUACAGUGGUUCAACCUUAAUGUUAUUUAGCGACAAGAAUACUUUUUGUGUGCAAAAACAAAACAAAAAUAAUAACUUUAUUCAACAAUU